AUGGACCCUGCUCGCGCCCUAGGGCUGCUGCUGUCGCCCUUGCUGCUACUGAUGAUGAGGGCUGCGCCGGGCCUCGUCACCCCGGCGACCACAGUAGCAAAUUACGACACGGAGAUCUGUUUCCUGCGCCCGGACAAUGGACCCUGCCGGGCCCUAAUUCCCAGGUACUACUAUGACAGGCACACGCAGAACUGCCUCAAGUUCACGUACGGCGGCUGCCUGGGCAACGCCAACAAUUUCGAAUCUUUGGAGGCCUGCAACGACGUUUGCUGGAGGAUAGAGAAAGUUCCUCUUGUUUGCAGGAUGGAUGUGAAUGAUGUUCAGUGUGGGCAGCCCACAUGGAAGUAUUUCUUCAAUCUAAGUUCUAUGGCAUGUGAAAAAUUCAUGUCUGGUGGCUGUGAGCAUAACGGGAAUCAGUUCCCUGAUGAAGCUACUUGUAGGGACUACUGUAUACCGAAGAGGAAAAGUCCAUCAUAUUGCUACAGUCCAAAAGAUGAGGGAUCAUGCUCUGCUAAUAUAACUCGAUAUUAUUUUAACUCAAGAUUCCAAGUCUGUGAACCCUUUACCUAUUCUGGCUGUGGAGGAAAUGAAAAUAACUUUGUUUCCAAAGAGGAUUGCGGUCGUGUUUGUACAAAAGGUAGCAAACUUCUUCCUAGUCAGUUUUUAAACAAACUUUAA